AUGCUGCCAGACGGCUCUGACCGGUCCAGACACGGACUCCACAUGAACGCAGACAGAGAUUCCCACAGUCACUGGUACCAGGGCGUCACCAGCAGCUCCUGCAGCGUGUGUAGGCUGGAGUGUCCGACCGUCCACGUCCCCAGUUCUGUCGCUCUGACGUCCAGUUCCGAUGCCAAGGAAUCAGGAACGCUUCUCAGAGUCUCCGCUCGCGGGUUCGCGUCUCACGUCUCGUGCCCGGACACUCGGCAGGCGCGGUUACGCUGUCUGAGGAAGGAAACGCCGCUGCAACAGCGACUCCUACUGUCCAAACGAGGCUCUGUUGGUUCACACGCGAACAUCCUCCAGUCUCCCGAGGUGGUGAAGGUUGGUCGUGGUGAGACGGUCAGACUGACGUGUGAUCUGGUGGAAAUACAAGCCGACUGCAGCUCGAUCUCCUGGUUUAAGACAAAUCUGAGAGAUAAAGACCUGAAGAGGAGUUCGGUGAUUCGGACUGAUCCAGGUCAGAACGUUUGUACAGGGAUCAUCCGGAACGUCGGCGUCUCAGACUCUGGUGUUUAUUACUGCUCUGGAGUCCAUCAUGUUAUUCCGUACAUGGGCUCCGGCUCCACCGUCAUCGUUACAGAGUCGAAUCCUGACCCCACCAUCAUGCUGUCAGUCCCGGACCAGAACGCCGGACCCUCCGUCUCUCUGCAGUGUGUGCUGAUGGGGGUGGUACCGUCCGAGGUGAGAGUCUCCUGGAUCAUAGGUAACACAGAGCAGACCGGAUGGACAGAGUCGGGCUGGACGCACGAUGACCAGUCAGCAGUGGAGUACACGCUCGCUCAUAUCAGAAUUCCGUCUAAAAGCUGGACGGAGGAGGUUCGUGUCGAGUGUGUCACUGACGUCAACGGAACGACGUUCUCCAAAACUCUGGAAGCAGGUUAUAAUCAGAUGUGUGCAUGGUUGCUGUAUUUGGGCUCUGCUGUGGUUUUCACUAUCGUCACCGCGAUCAUCAUCAUCACUGCUGUUCACUUCGGUGAGGGACUCGAUCAAACAGAAACAGAAAAUACGAACAAAUAA